AUGGACGCCAGCCAGAAGCGAUUGCUCGAUGAAGACGAGGCCAAGCUUCGUCGUUCUCAUGAUGGAUACGACUCGGAGUCAGAUAUUGACGUCACGGAACACCUUGCACAGAAGUCCGGGUUUGACUCCAAAGACCAACCCAAGCCUGCGUUCCUGGGGGGCGACCGGCCAGGCAUACUCUCCUCGUGGAAGAGACCUUUCAAGGGUCGCUCAAGAUGUUGCAUCAUCUUCGCGAGCAUCAUCUUCACCCUCUGGACUGUUCUCAGCGCCGGAGGCGCCGUCGUCUACCACAAGUACACGGGCGCGCCGCCCCUUGGUCAGUCGCCCCCUUGGUACCCAACACCCCUAGGUGGCACCGCCAAAUCGUGGGCCGAAAGCUACAAAAAGGCUGCCGAUCUGGUCUCCAAGAUGACCCUGCCCGAGAAGGUCAACAUCACGACCGGCACUGGCUGGCGCAUGGGCCUUGCUGUCGGCACCACCGGACCGGCCACCAACGUCGGCUUCCCCCAGCUGCAGCUGCAAGACGGCCCUCUUGGCAUCCGCUUCGCCGACAACUCAACCGCCUGGCCCGCUGGUAUCACGACCGGAGCCACCUUCAACAAGGAGCUGUUCUACCUCCGCGGCAAGGGCCACGCCAACGAGGCGCGUCGCAAGGGUAUCAAUGUGCUACUGGGUCCCUGCGUUGGGCCCCUCGGCCGCAUGCCCGCCGGUGGUCGCAACUGGGAGGGUUUCGGAUCUGAUCCCUACCUGCAGGGCAUUGCUGCCGCUGAGACCAUCAAGGGUAUCCAGGGUGAGGGUGUCAUGGCCACCAUUAAGCACUUUGUGGCGAACGAACAGGAGCACUUCCGUCAGAGCUGGGAGUGGGGUCUCCCGAAUGCCCUCUCAUCCAACAUUGACGACCGCACCAUGCACGAGCUUUAUGCGUGGCCGUUUGCUGACUCGAUCAAGGCCGGCGUCGCCAGCUACGCCUGUGACAACUCGAAGCUCAUGAACGGCCUCCUCAAGGACGAGAUGGGAUUCCAGGGCUUUGUCAUGUCCGACUGGCUGGCCCAGCGUUCCGGCGUCGGAAGUGCCUUGUCUGGUCUCGACAUGACCAUGCCCGGUGAUGGCCUUCUAUGGGAGGACGGCAAGUCGCUCUGGGGAUCUUCUCUGACGCGCUCUGUGCUCAACGGCUCUGUUCCCCUCAGCCGACUCAACGACAUGGUCGUUCGUGUCGUUGCCUCCUGGUACCAACUCGGCCAGGAUGAUAAGGAGCUCUACCCGGACGAGCUUCCCAACUUUUCCUCCUGGACCGACGACAAGAUGGGCGUGCUCGCGCCUGGCAGCAACACCCCGCAAGAGGAGUUUGAGGUGAACAAGUACGUCGAGGUCUUGAAGGAUCACAAGGAUAUUGCUCGUCAGGUCGCCGCCGAAGGCACUGUUUUGCUGAAGAAUGACGGCGUCCUCCCUAUCAGCAAGGAUGGCGAGAUUGGCACCCAGAAGACGAGGCGCCACGAUGGUAAGCUCAAAGUUGGCAUUUUCGGCGAGGAUGCUGGUCCUGGCAAGGGACCCAACUACUGCAAGGAUCGCGGCUGCAACCAAGGCACCCUCGGCGAGGGCUGGGGCAGCGGAUCCGCCGAAUUCCCGUACCUUCUCACGCCCGUCGACUCUCUCAAGAACGGUUUCAACGACGACAAGGUUGUCGUGACCGAGCACCUGGACAACAAGCUUGACUAUUACAAGAAGAACCCUUCGGUUCUGAAGGACCAGGAUGUUUGCUUCGUCUUUGCGAAUGCCGAUGCCGGCGAGGGCUUCCUCGCAUGGGGCAGCGUUGGCGGCGAUCGCAACGACCUGUUCCUGCAGAAGGGCGGUGACGACCUCAUCCUGCACGUUGCCGAAAACUGCGGUAGCGGCAAGGGCGAUACCGUUGUGGUCAUUCACUCAGUCGGCCCCGUCGACCUCGAGGCCUUCAUCGACCUUCCCACUGUCAAGGCCGUCCUCUACGCCAACCUUCCCGGCCAGGAGAGCGGAGACGCUCUCGCUGAGGUUGUCUUCGGCGACGUGAACCCCAACGGUCACCUCCCCUACACCAUUGCCAAGUCUCUAAAGGAUUUCGGAGCCGGAGGCCAGAUCAUGUACCUGCCCAACGGCGUCAACCCCCAGCAGGACUUCUCGGAGGGCCUCUACAUUGACUACCGUCACUUUGACAAGUACAACAUUGAGCCUCGCUUCGAAUUCGGGUUUGGUCUAUCGUACACCACCUUUGAGUUCUCCGACAUCAAGGUCAAGACUGUCAAGGACAAGUCGGCGCUGCCCUCGCCGCGGCCUUCUGACGCUGUCAAGGCGCCCAGCUUUGACGAGAAGAUUCCCGAUCCCAAGGAGGCCCUGUGGCCCGACAACAUCCGCCGACUGCAGCGUUACAACUACCCGUACCUUGAGAAGGUGGACGAUAUCAAGCAGGGAGUGUAUCCCUACCCUGACGGGUACGAAACGCCCCACCCGCUUUCGGGCGCCGGCGGCGACGAGGGCGGCAACCCCGAUCUCUGGGAGACGUACGCUACCGUGACGGUGGAGGUGUCCAACACGGGCGAGGUGGCCGGCAAGGUUGUCCCUCAGCUGUACCUCUCGCCUGCUGCAGCCCUACGGGAGACCCCUGCCGUUUCAGCGAGCGAGGCGCCCAAGGCAAGGUACCUAGGCAGGCACCACCUAGCUACAUGUAAGGUCAGGUAA